AUGAUCGAUGAAAACUUACCCACGUUCUUCCUCAAGAACAACUCAAAACAAGCUCAGAUCAGCACAAUAUACCUUCGUCAGCAUGGCAAUGAUCCCGAACCUGCUUACUCCUUACGCGCCCUUGAUCCCGCUGCUCCGACAUCACAAAACCGUUACGGAGUCGCGUUGUAUGACCCCUAUGUGACAGACGUUGUCUACGGGGAGGUCGCCGUGGCUCCAGAUUGGACACAACCGAGUCUCUCAGCAGAUACAAUACGAGCAAAUGGCGGCGUUGCGCCGCCCCCAGAACCCAUUCUCCCUACCGAGUUCACCAUCCAGCUCUAUAGCCCCGACCAAAAGAUCACAGUGAAAUAUCAUACCAAAUCGUGGAACAAACCCGCACGGUGGGAAUUUGAGAUGCCGCAAACUACAUUCCGGGUUCCUUCUGCUUCGGCACUAGACCAGACUCAGAUCGAUCCAUCUCUUGCAGACAUUACUCCGAAGGUGAGGUUCAGCUGGCGCAAGGAUGGGAAGCUGUCGAAGGAUUUAACAUGUCUAUUGCAUGGCAAAACUUCAACGAUUCCUGACACGCGCACAAAGAGCCGCGAGCCAGAUAUUACAGUCGCUCUAUUUCAAGGGCUCAAGGAACUUACUCUUUAUGAGCCCAAUCUUUACCGUGUUGAGAUGGAAGAUACGAAGGGAUUAGAAGUCGUGCUACUCUUGGCUGCUGUUGCGAUUCGCGAUAUUUUCUUUGGGCCUGCCAAGGAGGCUUUUCAUAUCACCCCCGGUGGGCCGAACCAAGCCCGCAAGCAAGCAGUAGGGCCAACUGCAACUGCGGCGACGGCCGCACCAGUUGGUGAUCCCAGGCUCGACCGCAAUAACCCACAGGCUCGACCUCAUGGACCAGCAGUGGGUGAAACCCCAUUAACGCCUCGACCCAGCAUCCCGAAUUCCUCACCUCCGGGCCCACAAGAGAGGAGGCGACAAGACGAACGCGCAAGACAGGAAGAAGAGCGACGAACCCAGGAGGUUCUCGCCGCAGAACAAAAAGCACAACGUCAGCGCGAGGCAGAAGUUGAGGAAGAAACCAAACGCCUGCAGCAGUUAUACGGGAAAGAAGAAGAGCAAGCACGAAAGCAACAGCAUGCUCCAGCUCCGUCUUCUAGGCCCCACCUCCCACCCCGACAUACCGGACCCUCUCAACCUUACUCCCAUCAAUACCUUCAAUCGUCAGUCCAUCCUCCCUCCCAAUCUGCAGCCCGCCCAUCCCACCAUCCUCGCCACCAAAAUUCCCACGGUAUACCAGUCUCUACCUUCAACAGCCCAUACCUCCACGCACCGGGGCGCAUGGAUCCCCGAGCCCAAUCCUCCACCCACCUGAUGCAAUCUCGACCACAGUCUGCCGUUGGGUUCCAUCCACAGCCUCUCAGUAGUGGUGCUCUCAUAGCGGCGCCGAGGCCGACGCCUCAAGUACAGCCGAAAAAGAGCACUUUCUUUGGUUUCCGGCGUAACAAGGAGGAAAACACUACUACCAAGCUUGAAAAAAAGCGGAGUUCUAUGUUUUGA